CAUAAUAUUUAGGACAGGAGUCAAUUUCAAGGAAGGAAUAGCUCUAGGUCCCAGAGAGUGCAAAGGGAUUAAGCAUGAUAACAACUAAAAAUAAUUCGUCAGUUUUAGUGUAAGGAUAGAAGAGAAAUUGGGUUGCUCUAGAUUGAGAAGUAAAUGAGGAGUGAGAACACAGGAUUAGAAACUAUAGACUGGUAUUUUGAGAAGUUGGGAUGUGAAAGGAAAGGAGUAAUGGGGCAGGUUGGUUUCUAAAAAGCAAGAAGCUUGAACAUGUUUUUAUAAUUUAUGUUGUUGUUGUUGUUUUAUGUUUCCUCCAUGUAUUUUUAUGGUUUGAUGCCUUCUUUUCUUUUCUUUUUUUUUUUUGGCAUUUUUUGGCCGGGGCUGGAUUUGAACCUGCUACCUCCGGCAUGUGGGGCGGGCGCCCUACUCCUUUGAGCCACAGGCACCGACCCGAAAGCUUGAACAUGUUUAUAAUCAGUUGAAAUGGAUGUUGAUGUAAGACUAGUGAUGAUGUAUUGAGCAAAGCCCUGGAAGUCGUAGGAGGUUACUGCCGUGGAAUGGAUUGGGAUGAUGAAUAUUCCCAUAAUUCAUUUGACCUACAUUGUUUGUUAAAUUCAUUUCCUGGAGACUUGGAGUUCAAUCAGAUCUUCAGUGACAUUGAUGAAAAGAUUGAACAAAAUGCUAAAAGCUUAGAACAUUGCAUUAAAGAAAUACAGUCUGAAGCUAACAAACAGUGCCCAGAUGUGCAGCUGCAAACAACAACUGACUGCUUUGAAUGGCUAAUGAAAUAUAAUUAUAAUAUAUCCACGUCACCUUCCAUUUCCCAGGGAGAGAUGACAGAAUUCCUCAAAACACUGCAAAAUUUGUUGAAGAACGAACAAAAUCAAGAAGAAAUGAUACUCGAUUUACUCUGGGAUCUCUCCUGCCAAAGCAGCAUCCCGUCCCCCUGGACUCUGAGCGGGGCAUCUGUCCACUCCCUCUCUCGGACUCCUCUCCCCUGUGUUGCGGAUCAGCCCUCUGUGGACCUGAAGUCUGUCUGGGAUGAUAUCAGACUGCAUCUCCGACGCUUCUUAGUGAGGAGGUUGCAAAGCCUGCAAAGCCAUGAUGAAAUAAACAAUUCACAGCAAAAAAAUUUAUUGAAAAGUCAUUGCUUGCAACAACUCUUGUUUCUUUAUCCAGAAUUGGAAGUUAUAAUCAAAUACAAAAACAUACAGCAUAAAACGUUGGCUAAACUUCUGCAGAACCUCUUUCCUUCUUACAGCAGAGAUUCAAAUUUAGGCGUAAUAGCUCAUGGAUAUCAAAGUACAAUGCUUAAGUUAUACUCAAUGCUAAAAGAGGAUUUUAACAUACUCUGUGAAAUUUUAGCUCCAUCUUCAACAGUGAAAUUCAUUAAAGAAACUUACCUGGAUACCAUUACAGAAGAAAUGGCAAAAUUUCUUGAAAAUUUUUGUGAGCUGCAGUUCAAAGCAAAUGCUGUCCGUGUGGUUAAAACAAGCAAGAGUUCCAGCAAGCGUAGAGGAGCAGUGCAUGCUUUGGUAAUUCCUGAAAGCCCAGAAGAAGGAGGAAACUUCUCCUUUACCUUAGAUGAACUCCAAUUCUUAUCACAGCUCAUAAAAUCCUUGUUGAAACUGGAAAAAGAAGUUCAAGAAUUGUUCGAAGAAAUGUUUAUGUUACUCAAGAUGCCCAGGAAUACCUCAGGAAUUUUGGAGAAAUCCGAUAGAGAAGUAAUAGAGAAACCCAGAGCAAAUGAAACCCAUAUUUAUCCAGAGCAAUUGUUACCAGUAAAAGAGGCUACAUUACUAGAUUUUGGCUGGAGAAGUGCAUUUAAAGCAGUGUCUCUUCCCAUGGCACACUGUAUAACAAUUGCAAUUGAAGAUUUUUCCAUAAAAAUUCUCCAACAGGAACAAAAUGAAAGGUCUUCAGCUGUGAGCUAUGAUAUGAACCCUGUAAACGUCCAGCAAGUUUGGCGAGAUAGCCAUGCGUUUCCUGAGGAGGAACAACCAAAGAAAAUUGCAAAGUUUUGUUCUGACAUCAUGGAGAAACUUGACACAAUGCUUCCACUGGCUCUGGCAUGCAGAGAUGAUUCCUUUCAGGAAAUUAGAGCAAACUUUGUGGAGGCCUGUUGUAAAGUGGCAACAGCUGUCCUGGAGAGACUGCAAGACAGAGGCAAGGAGAUCCCUUCCAAAGCACCCCUGGGAACCCUCCACGUGCUCCUCUCCUCAGCAGUGUACGUCUCCCAGCAUUUCGCACAAUAUGAUAAUUUGAUGAAAGAAGCUACUAAAAAACCCAUAUUCCUGGUGCCUGUCCAGCAGUAUCAGGAACUCAUCAGCACUAUGCAGUUUCAGGUUACGGACUACUGCGUCAGAGUUUGUGCUACAAGCAUUUUACAGGAUGCUGAGAGCCACCACUGGGACGACUACAAAGCUUUUUAUGAGGGGGAAAGAUGCUCCUUCUCGAUCCAGAUGUGGCAUUAUUUCUGCUGGGCUCUUCGUCACGAUCUCUGGACCAUUCUGCCCUGUCUGUUAGCCCAGGAGAUUCUAGCAGAAGUGCUGGAGAAGUCUUUGGGUCUGCUGGCCUCCCGGUAUGCUCAGGCCCAUCCCAGUUAUAAGAGAACUCCACAGAUAAGGCUUGAUGUCACAGCAAUUUUAAUAUGCACUGAGAGCAUGUUAUGGUCAGUUUGUACAUCUGUAUGGAAACUUUUAAAUCCUCAUGAGAAUACAGAUGAUAAAGUUUUAAAAAUUCAUAACCAUUGUAAUAACCUAUUUACCACAUUAGUCAUUUUGACUUCACCGUUAACAGACUUAUAUAAGACUUUUCAGCAUGGUAUGGAUGAGUCUGCUGCAGAUUCCUUGAAGUCAGGGUUUAAGCAACCAUUACACUGGAUUUCUUGCAUAUCACCUUUCUACCCUACUUUACUCAGGACUCCAUCAGCUGGAGGAAUGAAAACCGAGGGUCAGUUGAAACUGCUCUUAUCCCAGCCAGGUUGUAAUUGGAACCUUCUUCUGGAAACCCUACUGCAUCGCAAUGGUCUUUUACUGAGGAUCUUGUUGAAGAGCUCAAAACAAGUUUAUAAUACAGAAAAUAAUCUGACCCAAGGACCCAGCUUGAUGGAAGCCAUCUUUAAAGUACUGUAUCAUUGCAAUUUUUCUCCACAAACAUUUGGAAGUGUUUUCCUGAGCUACAUGGAAGAAGAGCAAUUAUGGAACUUCUUAUAUAACAUCCCAGUCUCACCGUUUGUGGAGUCCCAGCCGGAGUUCCUGCACUGCUUGAGGUCGGCGCUGACCGAGGCUGUCAAGGACGUUGUACAGCAGAUAGUGACUGUGGUGAGCUCUGGGAGACACCCUGAGACAGACAGAAACAAGCACAGCGUUCCUGACUAUGUGCUGGAAAGCAUUCCGAAAGAAUGGAAUUACAUUCCGAAAGAAAGCAAAAGGCCAGAAGCAAGCAAAGGCUGCCCGAGGUUCGCCGCUCAGGCAGUAUCUAUCGUCAUCAGCACGUUACCUACAGUGAUUGCAUGUUUGCCUCCCCCAAUUAAAUACUUCUUUUUUCUGUCUGAGAGAAAAAUGUCAAAAAACUUAGUUGAAUUGAAGAAAGGUGGCCUGCUUGUCUGGAACCUGAUUGUAAUUAUACGUCAGAUAUUUGAGGACGGAAACACCGUGGAACUUCUAACAGGUGCCUCCCUUGACAGACGGAGUGAAGAAAAACUCAGUUUAAUUUGUGUGUGUUUGGAAAGCAUCCUGGGAGAUUGGGCGGGCAGCCCUAGUCAGGUGACCCAGGAGGUCAUACAGAGCAUGGAGCAGCAGAAGCCCAACUGGAUGGAAGACCAGCUGCUGAAAGCCAGGAAACUGAGCUCAGAAUGUGCAUUUAUGGCAAUUGAGAAAAGCACAGCCUUAGAAGAAGGAGAUAAUGCUCUUGAACUGACUGAGCAGAAAAUAAACAGGAUGGUCCUGGAUCUGUGCCACAAACCAGGUGGCAGCGAGUACCUGAGGCAAAUUUAUCACAUCAUGCGGCUCAAUGAGGACUAUUUAAAAGAACAACUGUUCUGUAUGAAUGGUUCGAAGGAAAAGCCAUUACCCAUCCGACCUUUGAAGGUGACCUUGAGCAGUGUGGAAGAUCAACCUUCUGCCUUUAACCCUUUCCAUGUGUAUAAGGUGUUUAGUGGAAACAUGCUAGCUCAGUCAGCCAUCGGAAAAUGGAGCUGGAAUUGGGCAAGUUUGCUGCCAAAUUAUCUGGGACUAGAUAAGAUGACCUUCAGUGUUCUGUUCAAAAACAGGUGGGAAAUGAGAAAGGAUGAAACACUGGAAGAGGAAGAAAAAGCGAUGGUGGAACAUUUAAAGCAAAUUUGCACCAUGCAGAACUCUUCUGCCUCAGAUAACACAGAGGAACAGGAAUCUGCAGAAAACAGCAACAGCUUUAUUUUAGGAAACAAUCACAUGUAAUGGGGUAGGAUUUCUACUCUAGUCAGAAUGAACUUCACAUGUGCUGUGAAGCAUGAAACCAAUGUCUAAUCUUUGUACCGGAAGGAAAUUCAGCACAUCAAGA